AUACUACAAAGUAACAACAUACAUUUUUACUAUCAAGAAUCAUUUAUCAACUAUUCCGCUUCAUCACAUAACAUGUAUUCCCUACUUUCUUUCAUCUUCCCUAAAAUCAUCUAUUACUCCUUCAUCAUAUCCUUUGGACCAUGGUGCAUAUUGGCUCCAAAUCCGGCUUGCCUGACCAAGUGUGGUUCAUUAGAGGUGAAGUACCCUUUAGGCACCGGCUACGGCUGCGGCUCGCCACGAUUCCACCCAUUCGUCGCGUGCACGGCCACGGCCACCGGUGACCGGCUCCUCCUCACCACCCACACUGGCUCAUACCCCAUAACCUCCAUAUCCUAUUCUUCUUCAACCAUAACCAUCUCACCUCCAUGCAUGUCAAAUUGCACCUUCAUGCAAACCUGCCCAACCAUCUUGGGCCUGGACUGGGCCAGCCCAUUCCAACUUGGCCCAUCAAUCUUCAUCCUGUUAUCAUGCGAUCCUUCCAUAUCAUCCCUCACCAUGAAGGACUUCAACACCCUCAUCUGUGAUCCUUCUUCAACCUACCUCUGUGCCUCAAUCUACACAUGUCCGGCCGUCGUCGACCUCGGCUUGCCUCUCUUUCCUUCUACCAACACUUGCUGCGUGUACUCUCCGGCGAAUCUCGACUCGAGGGAUGAAUUCAACCUGCAUGAACUAAACUGUGCUGGCUAUACUUCAGUUGUGUCACUAGGGGAUGUGCCAUCUGACCCUAUGCAGUGGGAAUAUGGUAUGGUUUUGAAGUACAAUCUUGGUGGAUUGGAUAGCUAUAAUACUGCUCCAAGUUGCCGUGCCUGUGAACUAAGUGGUGGGGUGUGUGGAUACGCUCCUCCACAUAACUCUUUUGUUUGUGUUUGUCAAAAUGGUGGUGUUAAUACAACUACAGAUUGCUACAACUACCUUAAUGGCCAGUGGCUUUCUGUGAGCUCAACUUCUCAUUUAAGUUGGAAAGUUUGGUGGGGUAUUUUGGCGGUUCUAAUGAUCUUCUGUCAAAUAGCUUCAUGAGCAAGCAAAACUGAAGAGUCGAUGUUGUAUCCUCACCUUUUUCUUCUGCUUUAUGUACUUAAAAAUUUCUUGAAUCGAUUCUAGCUUUUCUUGAUCGAAAGAAAUGUCAAAAGUGAAAGGAAUAAGAACAUUAGCUCAUUAAGAUGA